CGCCUGGCGGAGUUCUCGGAAAACAUUACUAUCUGUCAGUCUUAAAAAUAAAAUAAAAUUCGCAUAUCAGAUUCCCACGCUCGUCGGUAAAUUCCAUGCUUGCACUCGAGACAACUACCAUUAGCAUUGAAGCCAUAUAGGGUUGUCGUCAGUUCGAAGGAGAAGCAUAAGUACAACAGAGAUAAGUAGGCUGUAACUGAAGCUAAAGUAGAUCUACAGCGAAGAAACCAGAAGGAAACACUUUUGAGUCUUUGAACUCUCAAGUCUGACUCAAAACGACGCCGCAUAUGGAGGAGCUGCAGAUGGAUUCCAUGGCGGCAGCCAUAGGGGUUUCUGUUCCCGUGCUUCGCUUCCUUCUGUGCUUCGUUGCCACCAUUCCUCUCAGCUUCCUCUCCCGCUUCGUCCCCUAUGGCUUCUCCAAGAACCUCUACUCCGCCGCCGUCGGCGUCAUCCUCUCCUACCUCUCCUUUGGUCUCUCCUCCAACCUCCACUUCCUGGUUCCCAUGUCACUCGGCUACGUUUCCAUGCUUCUCUAUCGCCCCCGCUGCGGCAUCCUCACCUUCUUCCUCGGAUUCGGUUACCUCAUUGGCUGCCAUGUAUAUUACAUGAGCGGUGAUGCAUGGAAGGAAGGGGGUAUCGAUGCCACCGGGGCCUUGAUGGUUUUGACUCUUAAAGUCAUCUCUUGUGCGUUUAAUUAUAAUGAUGGAUUACUGAAGGAGGAAGGUUUGCGAGAGGCUCAGAAGAAAAACCGUUUGAUUAAAUUGCCUUCACUAAUUGAAUACAUUGGUUACUGCCUCUGUUGUGGCACUCACUUUGCUGGCCCGGUUUAUGAAAUGAAGGAUUAUCUCGAUUGGGCAGAAGGAAAAGGGCUUUGGAGCACCGAAGCAAAAGGGCGAUCUGCAUCACCAUAUGGGGCAACCUUACGAGCUAUCCUGCAAGCUGGUUUUUGCAUGGCCUUGUAUUUAUAUCUGGUGCCUUACUUUCCUCUUUCCAGGUUUAAUGAUCCUAUAUACCAAGAAUGGGGAUUCUGGAAACGGUUGGGUUACCAAUAUAUGUCUGGUUUCACAGCACGCUGGAAAUAUUAUUUCAUCUGGUCGAUUUCAGAGGCUACUGUGAUCAUUUCUGGGCUGGGUUUUAGUGGCUGGACAGAAUCUACUCCGCCAAAGCCCCGCUGGGAUCGCGCAAAGAAUGUAGAUAUAAUAGGUGUUGAGUUUGCCAAGAGUGCAGUCGUGUUGCCACUUGUGUGGAACAUUCAAGUCAGCACCUGGCUUCGUCAUUAUGUUUAUGAUAGGCUUGUUCAGAAUGGGAAGAAACCUGGUUUCUUUCAGUUACUUGCCACACAGACCAUCAGUGCUAUAUGGCAUGGAUUAUAUCCUGGUUACAUCAUAUUCUUCGUUCAGUCAGCAUUGAUGAUUGCUGGUUCCCGAGUCAUUUACAGAUGGCAGCAAGCAGUGCCUUCAGCAAUUAAGAAUGUGUUGGUGUUCAUCAAUUUUGCCUAUACACUUUUGGUUCUGAACUACUCGUGUAUUGGUUUCAUGGUAUUAAGUCUGCAUGAAACUCUGGCAUCAUUCAGAAGUGUGCACUUUGUUGGAACUGUUGUUCCUAUUGCCAUGAUUCUUCUUGGAUCCAUAAUCAAGCCUGGAAAACCUGUCAGAUCCAAAGGUCAGAAGGAGCAGUGAGGCAGUAAGAGCAGUUUUCUGUGGAUUUUUUACAUCAAAUUAGGGAUUAGCUUUUGGCAGUCGUCUCCUCUGUUAUUUAAUGUUUUGUAACAUCUCAUUUGCUUUUGAAGUGGUUGAACCUAUUUACACUUUUGGCUUUGGCAUUGAAUUGUAUCAUCAGAGCAGAGUGUUGGGUCUACUUUUUUACAUGGUCAUAAAUAACUGAACAGUGGGGCUAAUUAUUGAAGAAACUGAUGAGAAAUAUAAAAACCAAAUUUUACUGUUGUGGUUGUAUUGUGA